AUGUUAUCCGCCUCCACUAGAUUACAAUUUGUUAAGCAAGUUGCAAGAUCAUAUGCCACCAAAGUUAGUUCAAAAGAUGGUACUGGUAAGAUUUCCAGAGUUGCCGUCAAAGUUAACGCUGGUUCUCAAUAUGCCACUAAAGAUGGUAUUUCUCAUUUGUUAUCAAGAUUCAAUUUCCAAAACACCACUAACAAAUCUGCUUUAAGAUUGGUCAGGGAAAGUGAGUUAUUGGGUGGUAACUUCAAAUCCUUUGUUAACAGAGAAAACAUUAUUUUGGAAGCUACUUUCUUGAAGGAAGAUUUACCAUACUUUGUUAAUGCAUUGGGUAAUGUUUUGUACAAGACCUCUUUCAAAGAAUAUGAGUUAGACGAACAAGUUUUACCAGCAGCUAAACAUGAUUUAUUGGUUCACAAUGCCUGUCCAGUUAGAAAAGCUGAAGAUUUAUUAUACAAUGUUACCUUCAGAAAUGGGUUAGGUAACCCAGUUUACUACGAUGGUGUUGAAAACAUCACUUUAGAAGACAUCAAAUCUUUUGCUGACAAAGUUUAUGUCAAAGAUAACAUCGAAGUUAUCGGACAAGGUGUCAAUGAAGGUGAUUUAAAGAGAUUUGUUGGCGAAUCUUUAUUGAAUUCUUUGCCAACCGCCCAAUCUUUGGCCAAGACUGUUUCUCCCAAGACUUUUAACGGUGAAACUAGAUUGAGAAAUAUCGGUGACAGUGUUGCUGCUAUUGCAGUUCCAAUUGCCCCAAGUGACUUUGCUACUUAUGAAGUCUUGGCUAAGUAUUUGUCCUCUCCAUUAUCUGACCUAUCCUCUUUGAUCUUUAAAGUUAAAUUAGACAAGUAUUCCACUUCUGGUUUGUUUUCUUUAUAUGUCAAAGCUGCUUGUCCAAAAACUGUUUCUGCCAACAUCAAAAAGAUUGUGACCGAAUUAAAGGCUGGUAAGGAUAUUUCUGUCGCCAAAAACUAUGCUGCUACUCAAUUAGCUUUAGAAAAUCAAACUUCUAUUUCUCCAGUUCAAUUGAAUUUGGACUCCGUCAGCAAUUUUCAAUUAGGUAAAUUUAAUUACGUUGCUGUUGGUAAAGUUACUCAAUUACCAUAUGCUGAUGAAUUAUAA